CUUCAGAGUUUGCCGAGCGGCUCUGGCGAGCUGGAGCUGCACGCUCGUCUGUUUCUCGCUCGAGCGCUUUAUCGCAUCAGGGCCUUAGUCGACCCGGAGUUGAUUAAUUGUGCCGAAGGAGCUUUACCGCCUCUCACGUCCGAAACCGCCGUCUCGUUCGAAGGUACUUAAGCAGACCUCUCAAGUUUUUGUCUCCUCGAAAACGAAUACCAGGAAUCUGAGUCCGAAGCUGAAUCAGGAAGCAUCAUAAACCUGAAUCAGUGUAAUUGACCAUACUAAGCCGGCCCAAGCUUGAGGCUAUCCCCGACCCUCUUGGUAUGUCUCCCGCGAUGUCACCAAGGUAACGCCUGCCGGACCUGCGUGAGGGCAGGGAGUUGACAGCGUGCAUGCUCUUGCUACGUCGGUCUAGUGUUGUGAUGUAUGUUCUGUCUUGGUCGUGCGUCGUUCUUGUGUUGCUUAUGUAUUUAGCUAAGUAGGACGCUGACGCUGCGCAACUGGAUCAGAAGACUCCGGGCCUCAUGGGGGAAAUGUGUCAAGGCCCGCAAUGGAUCACAAUCAAGAACAAAAAACUCCCGAAACCUCAAGAAUCUGAACCUGAACUAGGAAGAGGCGGAACUUCCUUGCCAGUUCCUUGUUUUUGAUUCUAAAGGCCUACGAGGCCAUUACUUUUUACGGAUGGAGCUUGUGCGGCUUUCCAUAUGUGUGAAAUUGAAAUUUCUCUUACACCCGUCAUUCUCUGACGGGGUGUCUAUCAUCAUAUAUCAUGAACCACAAAUACAGAUGUCGAAGCGAUUCCAUUGGCGCCUGACGGAGCGUAUCUGCCUGACGCGGAACUGGGUAUAGAAAUGUGUCCCUCUGGGCGGCUCACUCCGCGAAUCCUGGAACUGAACCAGGCACAGCGAGAGGGUAUUUUGGUUAAGGGCAGAAGUACAUGAGGAUGAGGAAACAAAAUCAAAUCUAUCUCUUUUUUUUACUUUUUGUUAUCAAGUUGCUAUGGUAAUCGAUGACAGGUACAUGAUCAGACGGAUAAGGAACACGUUGGCAACAUAUUGUCAGAAGUUCUGAAUGAAUUUCCCUCCCGAGAAAAAAUCGAUGAAUGGACUCAACAUUCUAUAAGAGAAAUUCACUCGUCAGCAGAUCCAUGCAAGGAUGAAAAUAUGAAAAAUUUAGUUCUUACGUACUUUUACCUCUAAAGUACGUACAUUGCGUUAUAUGUUUGGCGACCAGAUUUUAGGAUACCUUCGGAUUUGGUUGCAGCAAGGACAGGAAGGCCGUGAUUUAUUAGCGAAAGCUCUUUCAGAACAGGACUCCACAGUAGAACUACGCGCCGAAAAGUGGACCGGUCAGAGGAUUUUUGAAGUUUUUCGACAUUUCGUGCGCGCGUUAACCCGUCUCCUGGUGUUGGGAGGUGGCGUUGCGCCCAGGCUCAAACAGCACGAAGACGACCCGACAUUCAUCACCUGGGACUUCAACGCUGUUGAUGGAGGAGAUUUUGGCACCGCGGGACGUGCUGCCUUCUGGAAUUCGUUGACGCCGCAACUGCAGGUCGCGUGGACCGCGUUCACCGCGGGUACUGCUAAUGACUGGG